AUGAGUAAUUCCACAGACUCUGUACCAAGUAAUAUCAAUGCUGACUCUAUGGGAGGGAUUGUGCUGGUGCCUUUCUUCCUGAUCACUUUGCUUGGUGUAGUUGUUGCAGUGAUCAUGUAUGUAAAGAAGAGGAAAAGAGUGGACCGGCUUAGACAUCAUCUGCUUCCUCUAUACAGCUAUGAUCCAGCAGAAGAAAUACAUGAAGCUGAACAGGAACUAUUAGGCCAAGAUACUAAGGUUGUACAUGGUUGGACAAGUGGGUAUCAUCAGUAUAAGAGAGCAUCUUUAAGGGAUGUAACGGCCUAA